CUUUCAGGCUGCGUCUUCAGAGACAAAUGUCAUCUGUGUAUCUACAAUGGCGUGCAGCGAUGACAGUGAUGAAGAAACCAGUCAAGAGGAGCAGAUGAUCACAAGCUGGAACGACCUGUCCAUUAUAGAAAGAGUGGGACUCAACAGUUUGGAGAUGUCAGAAAAUGAUGUAGAGGCGGCCUUCUGUCAAAUCACCCUGGCGUUCCGCUGUGACCAGUACACGCUGAAGCAGAGGCUGCAGGCAGAGGAGCACGCCCGAAACCUGGCCGAGGAGAACGUGCAGCUGGAGUUGGCCCGAGGCAGAGAGACCCUGGAGAUGCUUAAGGUCCUGUGUCUGGACAGUAAACGCAACACAAUCCUGCAGAAGCUGGAGCUGUCUCUGGAUAUUUUGGGCGGGACAGUGCAGCGGAUCUCCAACACUGCGGAAGUGCUGGGGGCAGUGCAUCAGGAGGCACGUGUGAGCCGAGUGGUGGAGCUGAUGGUGGCCCAUGUGGAGAACCUGAGGAGGAAAUACGAGAGGAACUUGAGUGAGCUGGAGGAGGCACGGAGACAAGUCCAGCUCAGGAUGGCCCAGAGACACGAGAAGAAGAAGAAAGACUCGAGGAAGCGUGGGGGUAAGAAGUCCUCCCCCUCGCCCUGCCCCAGCUCUGAGUCCAGUGUCUGUGUAAUUGAAAGCAACUUCACCGACGACAGAUACAUGAACUGA